AAAGUAUUGUUGCAAAAAUUAUUGUUAUCAUCGAUUGAUUAAAAACCAAUGUCACAAAAAUCAAGUAUUUGGACUUCAAGUAAACUAUCUAUUGUGUGAACUUUAAAUAAUAAAGUAAUGGCUAUUGAUUUCACUGAUUGGGACAAACAGUGCGAAGAUAUGGCGUCCGAUAAGGAAAAGCUGUUAAACGAAAUGACAGCAAACGUUAAAAAGGAAGAGUCGGCCGAAGUCUUCUAUCGGAUGGCAAAAGUGUUGCUAUAUUUGGCCAAAGAGGCAGAAAAAGUCAAAAACAAUGAUUUAGUGAAGAGUAGGGCCGACAAGGCAUACGAAUACUCGGACAAAGCCUGUAGGGCUGAGCCAAACAAAUUUGAAUGUCAGAAAUGGAUGUGCGCUUCACUGGGUUUGUUGGCUAACAUUAGCUCAUCAAAGGAAAAGAUCAAAUAUGGUCACCAAUUCAAAGAACACGCAGACAUUGCACUCAAACUCAAACCCGACGACCAUUUUAUGCAAUCAAUGUAUGGCCAGUGGUGUUAUAGUGUGGCCUCAUUGGGUUGGCUCGAGAGGAAAGUCGGCGAAAAAUUGUACGGAAAAAUACCGACCGCCACCUAUAAGGACGCGUUGAAUGCAUUCAAAAAAGUACACGAAUUGAAUCCCGAAUCUAAAGACAACCACUUAUGGAUGGCUCGGACUCUCAUUGCCGACAAUAACAAAACAGAAGCCAAACAAUGGAUCCAAAGAGGUUUGAAACUCAAUAAUCAAAACAUUGCCGACGAGUUAGCUCACAAAGAGUUAGAAGAGCUGAACAAUAAAUAUGGCAAAUAA